CCAGAGGUCCUUCGCUGUGAUUAGGCAAUGCAACGGGCAGCCUGUGUUUGGGGUCCUCGCGGCAGUCAGGCAGUGGUGAGGCAAGCUCGCGGGAGAACGGCGUGCUAGGGUCGUGCUGUUAACAUGGAUGACGAGGAAGAGACUUACCGAUUAUGGAAGAUCCGAAAGACCAUUAUGCAGGUGAUGUUUGAAAGGAGAGGAAUGGGGUGUAAGGUGUGCUAGGGAUCUUGCUGGAAGGGAUCGAGGGAUAUCACUGUAUAGUAAUAUCGUUUGGACAAGCCGAAGUGUGGGCUUUCACUCACCUCACUUUCUGCUGUUGAUCCAAACGAAGGUGGGAAAAACAAAUUGAAAGCGUUUUAAUUAUCAGAAAGGGGUGGGAAAGUUCAUUCCUGAAUCAAGUUUUGCUUAAAUCAGCAAUCUGAUACCUCACAUUGACUAAUAGAUCCUUGAAUAUUCUCUUUUGUAAAGGCAAAAACAUAAAGAAGUCUACAAAUCUAAAUAGAAUCUUUUAAGACCGACAAUUCCAAAUUUUUAACCCUUUCUUCUGCUGUUAGUUAGGGACUUGACAAAUUUGCUUGGAAUCUAGGAGUCGGUUCAAAACGUUAGGAGCCAGGUUUUAGAUACUUAUAUCUACUAAAGGGACACUAUAGUCACCCAGACCACUUCAGCUUAAUGAAGUGGUCUGGGUGCCAGGUUCCUCAGGUUUUAACCCUUCAAAUGUAAACAUAGUUUCAGAGAAACUGCUAUGUUUACAUAGGGUUAAUCCAACCUCUAGUGGCUGGCUUCCUGACAACCGCUAGAGGCACAUCUGCAAUGCUGGAUGCGAAGGAGAGGUCACCAGCACUGACGUCGGCGGGGGAGGAGAGGUCACAAGCGCAGAGGGAGUCCGGCGCUGGAUUAAGGUAAGCUGCUGAGGGGUUUUAACCCUUUCAGCGCCAAGGGAGGGGGACCCUGGAGGUGGGGGCACCUUAGGGCACUAUAGUGUCAGUAAAAUGGGUUUGUUUUCCAGACACUAUAGUGAUCCUUAAAGCUUCACUUUCAACAACAAAUAUGCAAUUCUUAGAGGGACACUAUAGUCACCAGAACCACUACAGCUUAAUGUAUUAGUGGUUCUGGUCACACCCUCUCUCAGUCGCUGUCACCAGAGGCUUAGCUGAGAUCAUCAAGAUUAAUUCAUUCUCAGCCAUGGUGGCGGGGCUAGCCACAGCAAGACCGGCAUGGCGUGUGAAAAAGGUAAAUAAAAUCCCCUUUCUCUUGGAUCAGAGGGGGGACGGUCACCUUAUUUACAGACAUGCACACUCUACUUUUGGGAGUGCUGGAGUGGAUCUUUUCCCCGGGGUUCAGUGGUCCUGAUUACUGAUGUCGGGGCUGGAGUGACGUCAUUUUCCGGCAUCACUGCAGGAAGAUCACAGUUCCCUCGUGCCUCUGUUCCAUACGGCUGCCUCCACAUCACAUUAGCUUGCCGGCCUCCACUGAAAUGGCUAAGAAAUCCAAGAUGCCAGGACAAAAUUCCUAGUAGCCAUGGCGACCUGGCACCUGGAAUUUGUGGAGCCAUGUGUUGUUACUAAGCGACCACGGGGAGAAAAUAUAAAAGAGGAGCAGUUAAUUCUUUGUAAUCACUACCACCUGGCUCUAAACGCUGGCUGGCGGCAUAACACGUCCCCGCCGUCCUAUGUACUUACCUGGAGAUCGCGGUAUGGGGACUUACCAGGGAGUCCUCCUCCUUCCUCUUUGGCCCCCCUGGACCAUGUGAUCGCGAAGUCCUUGCGAGGACCUCACGAUCACAUGGACGACAUAGCUGUCCAUAGCAAUGCCAGCUGGGGGAGUGCCUGAAAAAACAAAAAAAACUGUAAAAUUAAAUAAUAUAUACUUAGAAUAUAUAUAUAUAUCUCUCUCAAAGUACAUGUACAAUGAUAUUGAUAAAAAAAUUAUAUAUAUGUGUGUGUGUAUGUAUGUAUGUAUAUAUAUAUAUAUAUAUAUAUAUAUAUAUAUUUAUAUUAUCUCUAUCUGGUUAAUUUCAAUGUGAAAAAACUGAAAAAUGGAACAUGCUAUAUUUGACCCUGUAUCUUCCCACAACACCAUAAAACCUGUACACAGGUACUGUUUUACACGUGAGACAUCAGUGAAUACAAAUAUGUGUAUUUUAUUGCAGAAGAAGCAAACAGUAUUGACAUUCACAAUUAGAAUGUCAUGUAGAACUAAAAAUCUUUUUACAAUUCUUUUCUCCCCUUUUUUUUUUUUAUAUAUUCAUAUUAAAUGGUUUUAUACCUAAAUAUUUGAUGUUAAAUGAAAGCCCUGUUUCCCUUGAAUAAAAUGAUAUAUAAUAAGUGUGGGUGCAAAUAAUAUGAAAGAGGCGGAUUACGCCUGAACAGAGAGCGCAAAUUCAAGUUUUUGUUUUGUUUUGAUCACAACGUGUACAUUUGGCUCAGUCCUUAAGGGGUUAAAGGGACUCUCCAGUGCCAGGAAAACAAUCCGUUUUCCUGGCACUGCAGGUCCCCUCUACCUCCCAUCCCCGGUUUCUGAAGGGGUGAAAACCCUUUCAGUCACUUACCAAAGGCAGCAACGAUGUCCCUCGUUGCUGCUUCUUCCUCCGCUGCCGUUCCUCCCCUUCAUCACGCCCGCCGGCUGGGGAGACCUAAUGCACAUGCGCGGCAAUGCUGCUCACACGCAUUAGACCUCUCCAUAGGAAAGCAUUGAAAAUGCUUUUCAAUGCUUUCCUAUGGGGAUUUUAGUGAUGCUGGAGGUCCUCAAAACCUGUGCUAUGGACCAGGAAGUGCCCUCUAGUGGCUGUCUAGUAGACAGCCACUAGGGGAGGACUUAACCCUGCAAAGUAAUUAUUGGAGUUUAUGUAAACUGCAAUAAUUACAGUUGCAGGGUUAAGGGUAGUGGGAGUUGGAAUCCAGACCACUCCAAUGGGCAGAAGUGGUCUGGGUGCCUGGAGUGUCCCUUUAAGAAAGACUGGUCUCUGUGAGGGCAAAUCACAGUGAUGUUUCUUUGGCUGUCCUUGUUUUAGGUGUCCCACAAUGAAAGACCUUAGGAGAAAACUCAAAGCUGGUGAAUUUUUAGCAAGAUCAGGUCUUGAUUAGCAAACAGGAGAAUUAGUAAAUGUAUGUGGGAAAAUAAAAAUGUAGCAUGUGCAGCAACUCCUGAAGCUAAACAGUUCUCUUUUAAAACUAACCUGUUAAUGCCUUUUUUUUUCCGUAGCUCUGUCAUGACCGAGGUUACUUGGUGACCCAAGAUGAGUUGGAUCAGACUUUGGAAGAGUUCAAAGGACAGUUUGGUGACAAACCAAGUGAGGGACGUCCCCGCCGUACAGACCUUACAGUGCUGGUAGCUCAUAAUGAUGACCCUACUGACCAGAUGUUUGUAUUUUUCCCAGGUAAGUUGUCACCACAUGUCAGAAGAAUCCUGACCAUCAACAGAACAAAAAGCAAAGUUAAAAAAACAAAUUUUGUGAUUUUUUUUAUAGAGGAACCCAAGGUUGGUAUUAAAACCAUUAAGAUGUACUGCCAGAGAAUGCAGGAAGAAAAUAUCACCAGAGCUAUCAUUGUGGUGCAACAAGGAAUGACUCCAUCGGCCAAACAGGUAAUGAGAGAGAAACUAAUGAAACAUUUAUUUUCUAAAUAGCCACUUUAAAUGUGGAUUUCCCCUCUGCAAUUAUCCCAUGAUAUGUUAACCUGCCACAUCUCUCCAUCUCUUUGUAGUCUUUGGUUGACAUGGCACCCAAAUACAUUCUGGAGCAAUUUCUGCAGCAAGAGCUCCUGAUAAAUAUCACAGAACACGAGGUGACUUCUCUUUUUUUUUUUUUUUUUUGCUAAUCAGCUGUUUGUUUAUGCUCUGUAUGCUAUCCCAAAGCCCCACUUGUGACCAAGACUGUUUGCAUUUAUGACAGAGACCUUUAUGACACUUUUACUAUGUGUAUAUUCUGCUAUACUAGGUUGAAAAGAAGGCUUCGAAUGCGAGACAGGAAUAAUAAACUAUCAAAAAGAAAUUAAAUUUUAGACAAUUACCACAAAGAUAUUCUCAUUCCUGAUGGUAGUACUAGAAGACAGUUUAACAAACAGUGUUUUUAUUUUGACUUAAUUAAAAUUACACAACGCCAUAUAAAAACAGCAAAAACAAACACAAAGUGAAGAAAAUAAAUAGUGAAAAAAUGUGAGGAAAGUAAAUAGUGUAAUUUAAAAUAAACGGGAAAACAGAAAACCUUAGCUUCUUGGCACUCACAUUAGAUAUAUGUAACUAUGUAGCUUGAGCUUAGUAUUGUUACAAAGUAUACUACCUUAAAUAGAUAUUGUACAAGGAAAGUUAAUAUUGUAAGUAAACUCUAAAUUGAACCAAAAAGCGUUACGGAGAAAGGGUAAUCCUAUGCAGAUGAAAAAACGUGUAUGUGUGUAUGUAUGUAUGUGUGUGUGUGUGUGUGUGUGUGUGUAUGUAUAUAUAUAUAUAUAUAUAUAUUCUAAUAUUCAGUAUAUUUUCACAUUAGAUGAAGAUUAAUAUGUAGUAUAAAGGGACAAAUUUGUUCAAAAUUGUGUCAUAUUAUUCUAAUCUGGUCUGUUAGUACUAUAGCUGUUGUACAUUCAAAAACACUUUUGCUUGGAAUGCACUGCGUACAUAGGCUACAGGUACUUCUAAUUUGCCUCGUUAUAGUUUCAAGUCUUCCUUUAUAUUGCUAUUGAUCUCAAUCUAAUGUGGAAAUAUGCCAAAUUGAAUAUUAUAUAUGAAUUAUAAUAUAGAAUCAUAAUUUUUCUUUCCAAAGGUUCUAUUCUGCUAUAAUGUAAUUCUUUCUCAUUAAUUGCACCCCUGCACACAACCUUAUGUAUGGAAAAAAUAUUUAGAAAAUAUAAAAUCCAGUUAUUUUGCUUAUCAUUUCUAUGCAACUAUAUAAAACACUAAUUAGUCAUGAUCGUUAAAUACCUCCUGUCUGGCCUUCAAUUUGUUUUAGGAAAUUAUAGGACACAUAUUAAAAGGAGUAUAUGAUGGCUUUAAAGCUAAAACUGGUAUGCUGAGACAACAACUUUAAUAGCAGUUACAGCAUCCAAAACACUAUAUAGUUUCAGAAGGCAGAGACCACAAAGUAUUUAAAGGCAUUUGGUUACUAUUUAGAAAAAUCUUUUUAGUUUUCUUUCGAAUUUUGGUAAGUUAUUAAAAUAACAGUCUGGUUGUCUGUAAAUUUAAAUGAAUGCUUAUGUGCCUUAAAUAGCCUGUAUAUAUAAAAAAAAAAAAUAAAAAAAAAAUGAACCGAACCAAACCGAAAUAGGUGUCACGUAAGGAAGAAAGAAUUGGUCUUUUUGCGUUGAACUAGUUUCAACUAAAAGGUCACUCAAGAGGUUCCUCUGUACACUUCCAAAGGGUUCAAUUUUUUGUGUUGCCAUGCUUCAGUAAACAAUUAUCACCAAUCUCUUGUUUUUCACAUAUAUUUAAUAUUUCUUUAGACCGUUUCAUUAGUGUUUGUCCCAAUACUGUAAAUCCCCCAGAUUUGCAUUCUGCUACUGCCCAUGAAUACAGCAAUGUUCCUACAUAGAUGUUUUCCAGAAUCUUGAGUUAUAGGCCCAAAAUAAUUUCACAUGUUUACUAAUUGACUUGUAUGUCACUCUUGAGACACAACUGCAGCCCCCAACUGUGUGUGUGUAUAUAUAUUUUUUUAUUUUUUUUUUGUAAGUUUGCCUAUAACCAAUAUAUAUACAUGCACAGCCUUUAAAUAAAACGUAUGACCGCAUAUGUAUAGUACAUUACAAGGCAACCUGUAAGUAGACUAGGUCUACUUUACAUUCAUUAGUUCACAUAUAUGUUGAGAGCAUAAUUUCCCCUCACGUCACCUUCAAAGUCAUACUACAUGUACUCAUAAUUUAGGGGUGGGGUGGGUUCUUUUCAUUCUUUUUUACUUGACCAUUUCAUAAACAAUUUUUUGUUAAAUUUUGAUUUUAUUCCCCCAAGGUGCCUCACUUGUUUAUUUUUAAUUUUUUAUUACUUGUAUUAUUUAUUACCAUUAAUCACUAAACCCUGAAUUUUGCCUCACAGUAAUUUGUCUAUUUUUUUUUUUUUUGGCUUAAUAAAAGGACACUAGACAUCUAAUUGAUGUAGUCUGGGUGCAGUGUCUCUGUCCCUUUAACCCUACAAGUGAAAACAUUGCAGUCUAGUGGCUCUCUCACAGACUGCCACUAGAGGCACAUCCUGGCCUUUUUGAAUGAGGACGUCAAGUGUCUUGAAAAUCUCCAUAGGAAAGCAUUGGUGGGGGAGGGAGGUGGAAUUAACACUCAAGUGUUAGGCAUACAGUUUUGUAUUUCUAACACUGUUGUGUUUCUUUAAAUUACAAAAUCAUCCUCCAACUAUGUUAUGUAUCGGGCUCGUUUCUUUCCAUUAUAGUAUAUUGUGUGGUGUGCUUUAUUAUCUCUAUCUUAUUGUUUUCAGCUGGUUCCUGAGCAUGUGGUGAUGACGAAGGAUGAAGUGACAGAGUUGCUGGCCCGAUAGUAUCCUUUUGAUGUCUAAAGAAUGCAUAUUUAAUGACAUUUUCCUAGCAUAUGGUGGCAGUAAACAAUGUGUAUGUAUGAUAAUUAAUCACCGCCGAACACCAACCACAUGUGUAGGUGCUCCAGCUGUGACCAACCAUCCAAGGUACCAAAAGGAGACUCCAGGGAUAUCAAGGGGCCUAACCCCGGGGAUUAUAUAUGAAGAAAACAGAAAAAAACACAAUAUGCUUAUUACAGUGUCAAAGACAGUUGUGACUCGCUGUGUUGUCUGGAAAUAGUAGUCUAAUGAAAGUCUAUAAUUAACUAAAUAUACAUCAACUCUGAAGUUUAAGAUAUCCCUAUAAGGUGAGGGUAAAGUGAAUAGUAUAUAGAUAUUGUGAGUAUAUCAGAUAUCCACUCUGAGCUUUAUUGUGUCUGGUUCAGUGGAUAUCCACAACACUAUUUGUAUCUAUUAUACUAGCAAAAAACAAGAUACUCUUAAUUGCUAUCUCUGAUGUUACAAAUUACGCCAACUAUGAAGUCUAUCCAAAUUUACAAGUUACUAAUGAAACACUCUAGAGGUAUAUAGAGAUAUUGCAUGCGAUAGUAAUCAGUUAUGGGUAGAUAAAAAUUAUAUUUAUAAAACACUACAGGGUAGACCUCUUCUCAACUUCAGACGCUGCUUUCUGGCGUAAGGUGCUCCAAGCAGUUGUGUCCAGGCUGGCCUCCCUUCGUUUUCUUUGGGAUCUUGUUUUAUCCCAUCUGUGUGCUGCUACCAUAUGCUAGGAAAAACAAAUACUUUUUCCUUAAUAUGGUGGCAGUACAAUAUCCUUCUCUGCCUUAUAUUUUUUUGCAUGAAAUGGAGUCCGUUGUUCUUGGUAUUAACUGGUUAGUAAAGGUAACGUUGGGGAUUAUAAAGGGUGAAGGGGAGGAGCAAUUUAAAUUAAUAUCUUUCAGGUUACUUGUCCCAGCAUAUGGAAGCACAACCCAUCUGUGUACUGCCACAAUAUUAAGGAUAAAUAAUUUACUGUGAGUAAAAAGUUUUUUUGUUUCGGAGCAUUCUAGGACAUGUAGUAUGUAGCCUCUUAUUGUGAACCAUUUCGAGAGAGCCGGAAAUAUUUCUCAAACCAAUCCAUAAGCACCAUAUAUGGCCCAGAUUUUAGAAGUGCUGUUAGAGGAUUUAGUUUAUGUACCAUAUUAUUUUAUUUUUUUUGGAUUAGAAGACACACGUAUAUUUUGACUAGAAAUUUAGGAUAAACAAAAAUAUAAAACAAAGCUGUACCACAAUUACAGUAAACGUAGGUAUGUGUGUGGGUGUAGUAAUGUGUGUAAGGAAUUCAUUGUGUAUGGGUAAGGGCUGCAGUGUCUGUGUGGUUAUUUAUGGGAUGCAGAAGAGACGCUUUAUAUCUUAUUUCAUAUGUUCGUUUCGCCUCCCUGAUUUUUACUCCUGGUCAGGACGGAUGUCAUGGAAUUCACCUGUGGUUAAAAUUUGCUGAUACAAAUUCCUGGUUGUCCAGUGGUAUUGUGAGGACCUAGCUUGCACCUCCGCCGGAUGCAAGCACUUAUUGCGUACUUCGGCAUUGUGCAGGGUAGACGUUUGCCGUGGUAAUGUACUUGCGCAAGAGAGGGGAAAUAGCGGAAUUGCAGACAGAGGGUCUGCCAGGCUCUCUCUUCAACAAAAGCCUAAAAUGGCACGGGAAGGGAUACCUUUGAUCUCCCUCACUGUGCCUGAUCGUCAUCUAUAUGUAGAAAUACUCACAAAUGAACACAAACUAUAGGCUGCAUUUAGCAUAUAAGACGAAGGCCGUUUCUUACACCAAAGUUUAAAAAAUUUGGUGUCCUUUAUUCAAAUAUUACUGUAUAUAAAAGGUUGUAGACUUGGGAUACUCCCUGUAUCUUUUCAUGUGGUUGGGGAGGGGGACCGACUGUCCUCUCCCAAGGUGUCUCUGGCUGUCGCUGGGGAGAGAGACUGACAGUUUCUUCUCCCACUAACACACUCUCUCGCUGGGGAGGAAGGACGGCACUCUCUCCCUGCAAUGCAUACUGCCGCUGGGUAGUGAGUCCGACAGUCUCCACUCCCUGUAACAUACUCUGCCGCGGGGGAGGAAGGACGACACAAUUCUUUCCCUGCAACUCUGUCUGCCGCUGGGGAGAGAGACAGUCUCUUCUCCCAAUAACCCACCUAACAUCUCCAUCUGGGGUUGAAGAUCUGGGCAGGCUGCCCAGUAUCCCAGUAGGGCCGGUGGAGAUACCUCAGUCCCAUCUCCACAUGCCAACUGGGGGUCUUCCCAGGACUAGUCGAUAAGGCCUCUUAUCUCUGAGGCAGGUUGGGACGUAGAUGGUAUAGUACCCGGGUCUCCUGAUAACGGGCUUAGUUGCUGGGGAGGAGGGACGAAACUCAACGCUCCCGGUGGUAUACAGUCCAUAAGCCCCAUCAUGUUAGAGACAGGUGAUGUUACACUUUGGAGCACGCAAGCAUAGUCCUGACCGAGUUCGCGCUCCAGGUUAACCAGGUAGGACAAAUCCUGUCUUAAUUCUGCCACCAAUGUAAGCCCCACGCUGACGUCCUGCUUGUCACGUAUACACCCGUAGCGGGUACUGUCCAGGUUCUCAAACCCCAGGGAAUCCUCAGAAGCCUACCACAACGGCCCCGGCCCAACGUAUUCAUUCAUACAACCAUAACUCAAUUUUAACCAACCGCUCCAGUUCUCUCUCACACUCCUCUAGGGGCUGUUCUCCCCGAAACGGCAUUCGUAGGUCGAAUUGGUCCUAUAGGCGUUGGUUGGAAUCUGGGAACAUUUCUCUUAGGGCCUCCACCCAGAGUUCAGUUUGGAGCGUCACCCUCCAUUCCAACUCAGCUGAGAGAGGGAAUCCAAACUGCGCCAAACUUCCUGUAACUGCUGCUGAAGCUGGGUGUCGAUGCUGCAUACUGUCCCACUUACCUCAUCUCUGAAGUAGUGCUGGUUUUCCCAAGGCUAGGAAGCCAACCAACAUAACGGAGCCCCCUGUACUGCUGGCUGGGUACCUCCGCCAAGGACUGCUUCAUAGCUGGAACGGGAUAAACCGCAGCACUUAUGCCCACAGUCGCCGUGGCUUGACUGGGACCCUGAAACCGCUCUCUUCUGGAGCUGAAUGGGGAACUCGCUCUAGCAACCCCCAGGCACUGGACGACAUUCAGUCCUGGGAGCUCUAGUCCUUACAAGGACUUUUUCCCGUUGAAUCCUCCACACUGGAACAUUGAUUAAAGAAUAGCCCUUUCCCCUCCCAAUAAGCAGACGACAUACAGUUCUGGGAGUACAAGCCGGAAUGCGUUUAAUGUUAGCCACAACUGGCCUUAUAUGCAGGUCCCCAUGCAAGUGGCACUCCCCCUUGGACCUGAGAGUAGACUCCAUUAAAAACCUACAAACUUUAUUUGGCUCUCAGGUCCAGGACACUCCCAUACAAAACAAGAGAAUCCCUCCCCUUUACAUGGGAGAUAAUUGAGUCAAGCACUGUAUUAAACUCCAUUCUCUCCCAAACACCCCAAAUGUACCUUACAAAUACAUAAAACCUCACAAAAGUUACAUCCUCUGAUCGACCCGUUCUGGGUGACCAACAUAUGCAAAAAUCACCCAGAUUGGUUCAGGGGUUCAGAAAUUUCCUGGAAGUCAUAAUUUGACCGACUGCACGGUCCCCUAGCUGAAAAUAGUUCCAUAAAAUCGCGGCCAAGUGUCACUGGGGACCGACCGGGAACCGCAAAGUCUUCAUGCCGAAAAUAGUUCCAGGUCUUUCGCAGCUAAGUCCCACUGAAGUCUAUUCGCGCUUUUGGUCCAUGCAAACUGCCACCAGGGAGCUAGCGUUCGGUUCUAAGUGCACUAAUGAAAAGUUCCGAACCAGGGGGAAUAAAAGAUGGGUCUUUACAGUCGCUGACCUGGCCCAUAGUCGGUGGGCAGGAGGCUGGCAAGCAGGCUCCUCUAGGAGCUUGUGGCAAACUCACAAGGACAUGGGAGUUUGUCACAGAGACAGAAUAUGAAUUGGGUCUGUCCACUUGUAUCUAUUCCUGCCACACAACUUGCCCACAGAAAAAAAGAGGUUGUAAAGAAUUGGUAAAUACUAGUGUAUGACAAAUUUCAAUUAAGUUUGCCUAAAGGCAUUGAAAGAGCCAGUUAGACCUUUAAAAUAGAACUGCAUAUAUAUAUUUUUUUCUUUAUUAAAUUCCUUAACAAUUUUCUUAGUAAACUGAGAGAGUCCCAGCUUCCUCGUAUCCAGGCUGGAGACCCAGUAGCAAGAUAUUUUGGAUUAAAGCGAGGUCAAGUAAGUAGUAACUGACAAAUUAAGUGUGUUUUUUGUUUGUUUUUUUUCGUUUGUUUUCCAUGUUUAUUUGUAAUCAUUCUUUUGGUAAGAUUGAAGGAUGUGUGUUUUGUACUUAGUGCAGCUGAAAAAGUGCAUUGCUGUGGAGUACGAAUUGGACUUAUGGUUGCUAGAUUUGUGCUUUAAACACUUCAUUGCUUAGUGAAUCAGUCCAUGUCUCCAUUUAAAGGAAUCUCUACUCAACACACUUCCUUUGCAUGCUAAAGUACAUAAUUAUUUAAAGGGAUACUAUCAAAAACUUUCUAAAUCCCUUUUUGUAAUAUACCGGAUAUAUAUUUAUAUAAGUAAACAGAGAAUUCUUGGGAAAUUAUAGUUCUUUAUACACAGCAUGGUAAUAAUAAAGAAUAAGAAUUUCUUUGUGGUGUUUAAAAUAUAAUCCAUCCAGAGAUGGACUGAACAGAGUACAUGUUACUUUACCUCUUUUCUAUAUACUGUGUGUGAUAUACUGGCUUUUAAUCAUAUUUUAUUGUCUGUGUGUUUUAUAGAAUCUCCUUUUCUUCUGUUUUUAUCAGGUGGUAAAGAUUAUUCGUCCUAGUGAAACUGCUGGCCGUUAUAUCACAUAUCGCUUGGUACAGUGAAGUACAACCAGCCCAUGAUUAGAGACUGGAAGUAAUGUGCUGUUUUUGUUUUUUUUGUUUUUUAAUUUUCUUUAUUUUCACUUUCAUGGUGAAAUGGCACAUUUUGUGACUGUCACUAUUUUCAACAAGGACAAUUUAGAAGAUAAGGAACAUAAUGCUAUAUGUUCUAAGUUACUGGCUCCUCCCCCCUCUUUUCUACAUUGAAGCAAGUGCAUGUUUUCUCUUAAAUAUGUGGUUACUUUCAAGAACUAGCAGUAUGUAUUCGCUUUUAUAAAGUGAUUUUGAUGACCUGUUCUAAAUUAAUUAAUAAAGAUGCGCUUGGUUUAAAAAUGGCAAUGCAUUUUUUCUUAGAAAAGUUUAUUUAAAAAGCAGAUACACAUCACACUUAAAAGCUCAUGUUUUAGAACAUUCCAAUCAAUCUCAUCUCACAUUCUAUUCUGCCACAUUUACGAAAGGGGGAUGUGAGAACAGCUUUCCUACUCCUCCACACUGAAAACAAAGUGCUGCUGGUUUUUCAUUCAUCAGGAGUAAUCCUGCAAAUGAGGAUAGGGGAAAUGAAGAAGUUUUCCUUUCCUUAUGCCCCUUGUAUCUUAAUGAUUAUACUCCCCUCUCUGCUACUUGCAUUUAUUUUUUAUCUUUUCUUCCUUGCGCCUUAUCGUAAUACCUGGGCGCCUCCAUUUUGUUCUCCUCUGUCCAUGAGCGCUGCAGUUUGCUCUUCCUUGGGAUUCUUUUGACCGAUGGAUUGUUGCUAAAUUAGUUUAGCAACUGCAAUUGAUCUUUGUUUAAGCUCUGCCCAUUGACAAAGAUUACUUUCCCCAUAAGGAAGAGUAAUCCCUACUUUAUUUUCAGUACAACUGGGGAAAAAAAGGUGAAUUUACAAACAAAAGGAGAAAAGAUUCAUUAAGUGAAAAUCAGUAAAGUGACUGAGCCACUUUAAGGUGUUCGCAGAAGCUGCAGGAAUUGGUCAUGUUUUAUAUACGUUCAUUAAACAAACUGAGGACAGCGAUCAGAAGAGCUCAUUGCAAUUCUUGUUUGCAGCAUUCGGAUGAUGGGCAGAGGCCGGUGGCAGCGUACUGGAGGUAUCUGGCAUUGUUUGGUCAAGAGGACAUUGUUGGACUGGUUGGUGUUAUUCUCUGCGAGGCUUCCUCGGCUUUGACCAUCUUCUUCAGAUUCUGAAUGGCCGUCUGUCCCAAUAUAAGGAAUGUCAUCCGCACUUGUUUCACUUGCUUGUUUUGUGAGAUGUCCCCUGGUGCGUGUUGGUUCCCAUGGCUCUGUGAGAUCCUCUCCACCAUCUGAUUCAGAGUCUGAGUCCAGAGAAGAUGCAGUCUGAUCUACAAAUGCAACAGAAUCAUAGUUACUGAAAACAAACUAUGCAGUUAGCUUAUACUAUCAGAUACUUCAAAAGAAC